CAUCUGGGGGAGGGCCGGCUGUGGGGACCUGAAAUUGGGGCAGGGGACCGUGGCAGCACGGAGCUGAGCUGUCCGGUUCUGGAAGCGGCGGGCAGGGCAUAGUCUGUGCUCGAGGCUGGGCUUUCAGCUAUUCCCACUUGACGUAUGAGACAGCGGUGCAGGCCAGGCCCAGGUGAAGCCCCCCAGCACACGCACGCUGCCCCGUGUUGCCAGACACAUGCGUGAACAUCCGUGUGGGGCAUCGUCGGGUGCGUCCUUCCCAAGGGGCCCAGCGCGGACAGAUAGGGCCGGGCAGUCCCUGAUUUCUCACCCCCUUUUAGCGCAAUGCCUGGACCUGGUCUCCCAGUACGUGCAAGGACACAAAGGCCUAAUAAUUCAGUUCAGCAACAAGCAGAAGUUCCAGCUGCAGCUGGGCAGCCUGGACGAGACCUGCUACGCCGGGAUGGAGUACAUGCUGACGGACUGGGCCCACCUCUACCUGCCCUCGCCCACCCGCAUGGUGGUGCUGGGCACCGUGGACAACGUGCCGUGCCUGGCCAUGGGGCAGCAGCUGGUGAUCCUGGUGGCAGCAGAUGGGGGGGUCUACACCUACGAGGAGGAGAAGCUGCACAGGCUCAGCAGGAGCCUGGAGCAAUUCCUUCGCAACGGCCUCCUGCACUUUGGCGAGGAAACCUAUGACUGCGCAGAGGGCCAAGAGCCACUGAGUGAGGAGGAGCGUGCCAAGCGCCCGGAGCUCCAGUGCAUCAGGCAGAGUGCCCAGCACUUGGUUGAGAGCGGAGCAGGGGAGAUGGGCAAGCUGCUGGAUUUCCUGGAGAGUUAGUGGUGGUUGCCACUAAGGGAGCUCUUCUGCAGGACAGUGUCUGAGUCCAGGCAGCAUAUGCUGUGGUGUGAGCACCCUCACAGGGCCUGAGUGUGCAGAUGGGUGAAAUCCUGGUGCCCCAUGCAGGGCGGUCUGUGCUGUAACCAUGCCCGCGAGGGGGACGUGCAUUGCUGGGGGUAUGCGAUGCACUGCUGGACUGUUUGCUCUGAUUCCUCUGGCUGGCAGGUCACCAGCCCCAUGCUCCCGAGGGCAGGCAGAGGGGAUCACGCCCCUGCUUUCUCACAGGGCAGCAAGCACCUGGAGUCCAACACUCACAGCUUCCAAGAGACAGCUCCCUGGGCCCAAGGGGAGAGGUUCCCUGGCUCCAGGCCCCCUCCCUGGGAGGCUCACGUGUCCUAGACGCACACACUCCUGUGAGCUGACCUCCUGAGGGCCGUCAGCCGCUUCAAUAAAGAUCCGUGUA